ACUCGGCUUGCGUUUCGCGUCGGUCAAUUCUUUUGCGUACGGUACAGCAAAUACGAACGAAAUGCGGUUGACGACUGUAUUGUCGAUUGUGGUAGCAUGUGGUCUAUUCCCAACGGUAGUGAUGGCACACGAGGAUCACGAUCCGAACUACUGGAACCAGCAAGCCCAUGACCUGUUGUUUGAGAAAAAGGAUUACACUAUGCAGAAAAUUAACAUCGCCAAAAACAUCGUGGUAUUCGUCGGUGCCGGGAUGUCCCAGGCAACCAUCACUGCCGCACGAACCGUCAACGGAGGCGAGAAUGCAACGUUCGCUUUCGAAAAGCUCAAAUGGAGUGGUAAUGCAAGGACCUACUGUGUGGACAGCCGGGUUCCGGACAGUGCUUGUGCGGGCACAGCAUUUUUAACUGGCGUCAAAGGAAACCUGGGGACAGUUGCUGUCCAUCCGACGGUGGAAAGAGGAACGUGCGUCAGCGCUACUGAUAAGACAAAACAGCUUGAAUCUAUCGCUAAAUGGGCGUUGGAUUCGGGAAAAGUAGUCGGUUUUGCUACAACAUCUCGUGUUACCGCCGGCUCCAAUGCCGCUUUAUACGCCAACUCCGGUGACAAGGACUGGGAAAACGAUGCGGCCGUCACGGCGGGCGGAUGCAAUCCGAGCGAAGUCAAAGAUAUCGCUUAUCAACUGGUCCAUGGCGACAUUGGCAAGCAUUUUAAGGUUAUUCUGGGAGGUGGAAGAAAGAACCUUAUCCCAACAACCGUAACCGACGAAAGCGGGAGUCCAGGUUUGCGCGCCGACGGCAAAAACCUGAUCGAGGAAUGGAAAAAUUCCAAAACCGGAAAUCCAGUUUACAUCACAACACUGGCUGAGCUGGGGGCCUUGAAUACGUCCAACAUUGACUACCUCCUGGGUUUGUUCGACUACGAUCGGCUACCGUAUGCUGCCGACAUAGGCGGGGGCAACAACGAGAAUACUCCACCGCUGGUUAAAAUGGUGCAUUACUCGCUGGAAAUGUUGCAGAAGAAGGAGCACAGUGGUGGCUUCCUGUUGUUCGUGGAGGACGGUAACAUCCAGGAGGCACACAGGGAGAACAAACCGUACAAAGCGUUUCAGCAAGUAGAGCACUAUGCAAAAGCGUUCAACAUGGCCAACAUGAUGGUUUCGGAGGCGAACACGCUGGUUAUUUCGAUGAAUGACGUUGGGAGUACGCUUUCGCUUCCUGGUUAUCCGAAACGUGGAACAGACAUUCUCUCAAACGCCGGUUUCAGCUCUAAAGACUCCAAGCCAUACCUCAGUCUUGCCUAUGCUACCGGUCCAGCGUACGACUCGUACUACCAGAAAAACGAGGGUCGCCUCGAUCCGCUGGAGGUGCUGCUGGGAAUGCAAUAUCCAAAGGACCAAACGUGCAGUGCUGCCGUACCACUGGAUGAGGGAGUGAACGGCGGUGAGGACGCUUCCGUCUAUGCCAGUGGGCCGUGGGCGUUCAUGCUGUCGGGUGGGUACGAGCAGAAUUUUAUCGCCCACGCCAUCACAUUUGCGUCAUGCAUCACAGAAGUGUGUGGUGGAGUAUCCAGCGUUGUCGUCUCCACUUCCGUGCUGAUGCUAGCCUUUCUAGUGAAGCUUUUCGUUUGAUCCAACAACAGGAUGUGGGUGAUGCCAUCCCAUUGAAUGAGAAACCACAAGGACCAAAUCCACUAAAAAUACAAACUUUUGCCACUGUUCGCUUACGUUAAGGGUUUUUAUUAUAAGCUGUUUUUAGACCGAUUGAAAAAAUAAACCGAAACAUU